AUGCGGACCAAUAAGCUAACCUAUCCGUUCACUUACAGCCAAGCCUUUGACUCCCUUCUUCGCUGCCGGCCUCAUUGUCCUCUACGGCGUCAACUCUCUCCAGAACGCUCUGUCCAACACUGCUGA